CGGCCCUCGGUCCCAUCGACUAAGCCAGAGUUCCCCGUACCUUCUGAAAACACAGAAAUCUAAGCAAAACACACCCCCGCAGUCACAAUACACGACCUGGUUUUGGAAGAGAAAGAGAGAGAGAUGUUGAAGGUCUCGUGCAAUGUGACCAUGGACCAAAUAGCCCUAGCCCAAUGCGGCUUCCUGGGCCGGCCCAUGCCCUUGCCCGCUUUCACUCCCCGGAGAAAAGCCGCCGUUUCGGGCCGUCCGCUGAGUAAAGCUCCGGUCCUAGCCGUCGUUUCGGACCGGGGCGGGUUGGGGCGGGCGAUCGUGUCCGGGUCGGGGAGCCUGGCGGACCGCUUGAGGCUGGGGAGCUUGACGGAGGACGGGUUGUCGUAUAAGGAGAUGUUCGUAGUGAGGUGCUACGAGGUCGGGAUCAACAAGACCGCUACAGUCGAAACCAUUGCUAAUCUCUUGCAGGAGGUUGGAUGUAACCAUGCUCAGAGUGUUGGAUUUUCAACAGAUGGUUUUGCAACGACCCCCACUAUGAGGAAAUUGCAUCUCAUAUGGGUGACUGCUCGCAUGCACAUUGAAAUCUACAAAUACCCAGCUUGGGGUGAUGUAGUUGAAAUUGAAACGUGGUGCCAAGGUGAUGGAAGAAUUGGAACUAGACGUGAUUGGAUAAUCAAGGACUGUGCUACUGGUCAAGUAAUUGGAAGAGCGACGAGCAAGUGGCUCAUGAUGAACCAAGACACCAGACGACUUCAGAAAGUUAGCGAUGACGUCCGAGAAGAGUAUUUAAUUUAUUGUCCACGCGAACCCAGAUUGGCAAUUCCAGAGGAGGACAGUAGUAGCUUGAGAAAAAUACCAAAACUGGAAGAUCCUGCUCAUUCUUCGAAACUGGGACUUGUGCCCAGAAGAGCCGAUUUCGAUAUGAACCAGCAUGUUAAUAAUGUCAGCUACAUCGGAUGGGUUCUGGAGAGCAUUCCUCAAGAAAUCAUUGACAGCCAUGAACUGCAAACUAUUACCUUGGAUUACAGGCGGGAGUGCCAACAUAAUGACGUAGUCGAUUCACUUACAAGUGUGGAACCAGUUGGGGAUGCUGAAGCAGUUUCUAAGCUUCAAGGAACUAAUGGGUCUGCCGCUGGUAUGGAAAACAAAGAAGAUUUACGUCGGUUUUUACAUUUAUUGAGAUUGUCUGGUGAUGGUCUAGAAAUAAAUCGAGGACGCACCGAGUGGAGAAAGAAACCAGCCAGAUGAUAUAAUUUAGUCGGCUCUACGUACCUUUUCUUGCUUUAACCAGUUUUCUUAGUGUUAUUUCAUCUAAUGUCUUUUUCCUUUUUUUGCUCCAAAGUUGUUGUCAUUUUUAAGAGCUUUGUAUAAACUCUCAUUGCAUCAUUGCAGACAGAGAUUGCCAUGGGAGACUCCAAAUUUUCGGUUAGAUUGAGAGAGAGAGAGGAAGAUGUACUUAUGAUUUUUCGUUCGUACACCUUCCUCAAACUUCACGAGUCAAUUUUUGUAUUUUUAUUUUAUUUUUUUUCAUGUGGUACUUGUAUUUAAAAAUCUUGGUAACCUACACUCCAUUGAUGAAUUAUAUUAGCCUAGUUUUUCGUGAGUAAAAUAUGUUUGGAGUGUACA